AGUGAUCAACAUCUUCUCCGGGGCAGUUUUUAUAACACUUUUAGAGAGUGAACCCAGGCGGUUCUUCUUUCUGUGCUCCUCCGACGACAGUGCUGCAAGCCGCGUUUUGCUUUUGUGCGAAACGACAGUGACACAUUCAUCACUAUGCGCAUUGUUACCACUGCCAACCUUUUCAAAUCACUCCACAACCUCCAGUUCAUCAGACUCACCUCUUCUCUCCCCCUUCUACUCAAAUUUUCAGAUAAACAUCAUGUUGAAACACCACCACACGGCGCCACCUAUUCACCGGAUAAUGAACACGUCGGAAAGUCAACGCUGGCAAUGGACCUCGCUUCCCUACUCGAGGAGCCUCCAUUGAAACCCAAGCCCAAGAGUAGGAUGGAGCAGAAGCGGUUUCUCGAGCUCCGAAUCAAAAAGAGGGUAAAAGAGCAACACUUCAAUGGCAAGUUCCACGACCUAAUGAAAACCGUGAUUUCUAAUGCAGAAACCCUUCGUGAUGCUUACAACUGCAUCAGGAUAAACGCGAACACACACGACGCGGCUUCGAGCCACGACGGUGCUUCCUUUUUGGAUGACCUAGCUGAAGAGCUUGGUAAAAGGGAUUUUGACGUGUGUGCCAAUACGUCGUCGUUCUCAACGAGGAGAGGUUCCGCGAACAAAGAGGUAUUGGUGCUUCCCAAUUUGAAGCUGAGGGUUGUACAGGAAGCGAUGAGAAUAGCCUUGGAGGUUGUUUACAAGCCUUAUUUUUCGAAGAUCUCGCACGGCUGCCGGAGCGGGAGGGGCCGUGCCGCCGCGUUGAAGUACGUGUGCAAGGGUGUUUUGAGCCCUGAUUGGUGGUUUACGAUGCUCGUGGUUAAGAAAUUGGAUGCUGCUGUGUUGGAGAAGAUGAUUUCUAUAAUGGAGGAUAAGAUAGAGGAUCCUUGUUUAUACGAUUUCAUUCGGAGCAUGUUUGAUGCUAGAGUGUUAAAUCUUGAGUUUGGGGGUUUCCCUAAGGGGCAUGGUCUUCCUCAGGAAGGGGUUUUGUCCCCUAUUCUGAUGAAUAUUUAUCUUGACCUCUUUGACAGUGAAUUUUGUAGGCUUUCGAUGAAAUAUGAAGGAAUAUGCAAUGGUGGAGGGUUAAAUGAUGGAGAUAGGUCUGGCUCCAUGUUGCGGGGUUGGUUCAGGAGACAGUUGGAUGGCAAUGAUGUUGUGAAGAGUUCUGGUGUGAAAGUUUACUCUUGUCGCCAUAUGGAUGAGAUGUUUUUUGCGGUUUCUGGUUCAAAGGAUGCCGCUGUUAGUUUUAUGUCUGAGGUCCGGAGUUAUUUGAAGAGUUCUUUGCUGUUGGAUGUGCGUGAUCAACCUGAUGUGUUUCCCUGUGAGGGGCCUCAUGGUAUCCGGUUUUUGGGAACUUUGGUGAAAAGAACUGUUAGGGAGAGUUCUGCUGUAAAAGCUGUUCACAAGUUAAAAGAGAAAGUGGAGCUAUUUACUUUGCAAAAGGUGGAGGCUUGGAAUUAUGGGACGGUUAGAAUUGGGAAGAAAUGGUUGGGUCAUGGUUUGAAGAAAGUUAAGGAAUCGGAAAUCAAACAUUUAGCUGAUAGUAGCUCCCUCCUGAACAAGGUUUCCUCUUUCCGCAAGUCUGGAAUGGAGACUGACCAUUGGUAUAAGCACUUAUUGAAGAUAUGGAUGCAAGAUGUUCAAGCGAAAAAUGCCAAGAGUGAAGAAAGUAUCUUAUCUAAGUGUGUUGCAGAACCGGCUCUUCCACAGGAGCUAAACGAUUCCUUUUAUGAAUUUAUAAAGCAGGCAGAGCUGUAUAUAUCUGCCGAGGCAGAUUCUAUUCUCAAGCUUUUGCCAAAUAAUAACAGCUCAAUAGAACAUCCUUUAGCAAAAACUGAAAUUAUUGCUCCUAUCCAUGCCAUAAAAAUGCGUCUCCUGAGAUAUGGAUUGACUACAUCUAAGGGAUUCCCCCGAUCUGCCAAUUUACUUAUCAUGCUAGAUACAACUGAAAUCAUUGACUGGUUUUCAGGGAUUUCUUGCCGCUGGCUGAAAUGGCAUGAAAAUUGUGCCAACUUUGAUGAGAUAAAGCUCUUGAUUUCAAAUCAUGUUAGGAAAUCAUGCAUUCGUACUUUAGCAGCAAAGUAUCGGGUACAUGAAACUGAGAUAGAAAAGCAGUUUGAUGUAGAACUUAGCAGGAUUCCAUCAACACAGGACAUUGAGAAGGAGAUGACAAAUGAAGCAUUGGAUGCUCAAGCUUUUGAUAAUGAUGAAGCAUUAAUGUAUGGAAUUGCUUAUAGCGGUUUGUGUUUGUUGUCUCUAGCAAGAAUUGUUACCCAGGCAAGACCAUGUAAUUGCUUUGUAAUAGGGUGCUCAUCUUCAGCACCUAGAGUCUAUACUCUUCAUGUAAUGGAAAGGCAAAAGUCUCCAAGCUGGAAGACUGGAUUUUCAACUUGCAUUCACCCAAGCUUAAAUAAACGACGAGUAGGGUUGUGUAAGCAGCAUUUGAGGGAUUUGUAUCUUGGCCAUAUAUCACUUCAGUCCAUUGAUUUCAGAGCAUGGAAGUCAUAAAUUAUAUUUGAAGCUUUAUCAAUAUGUUUGCAUUUUGGUCACUUAUUAUUUAGUUCAUUGAUGAUGAAGGUACUGUUGAAAAUGAGGUGUAAGAUGGAAUCCAAUACUUCCUACUUAUCAUCAGAUUUUCUUAAAGUACAAAGGGCAAGUGUUUUUCCCGUUGAUGAUCUUGGUGCAUUUUUCAAAUUAUGGAUGCAACACUAGCAGUCAGGGACUCAUUUGUUAAGUUGAGGGAAUUGCCCAAGAACUAAAGUUAUUUAUUUGUCCUCCUAUGUAAGGUGAGCACUAAGCAUCAUUUCAUCUAUUAGUAACCAUGCAUAAAUUGAUUUCCCCGCAUCAAUGCCGCUUCAUAGUGAUUGGCUAAGAUGUUUUAACCGAUAGCCAUUUGACAUCAAUGUUCGAUACCAAGGCUAAGGGAUGGAAAAAGACUAGUUCUUUUGGGGUGAAAAUGAAGACUGAGGAAUUAUGAUAUUCACUAAAGAGAGAUUAGGGAUAUAGGAGAGAGAAUGAAUAAGAACAAUUUUGUUGAUGUUUGAUUGAUUGAUAAACAAAACAAGGCUAGAAUUUUUCCUCCAAGGAUUUCCCCUUUAACAAAAGGUUUCCUGUUUUACAACUGAGCUAUUUCUUGUUUAUGCAAUACUAACAAAUCUGGAUUCCCUCUUCUACCCCUCUCCUACUAUUUAAAGCUAAACCCCAAAUUCCCUACUCUAAACCACUUUAGCUGUGCUUAUUGUUGUAAGACUACCCUAACUGAUUAUUCUCUGUGCCCCAUCAAGUUCCUUCUUAAAAUCCCUUACGAUUUUUUUUUUCCGUUUUCCAUGAAUAAGGAGUCAAAAACGGUUCAGGGCUCGGUUGUAAUUUUAUGGACUGACUUUUAAAUCCCACUGGCUGAACAUUAUCUAGCUAAAUGCAGCAAGUAAUCUUCUUUUUUUUCUUCCAUGAAUGGUAUACUUGUACAUUAUUUGGUAUCCGGUAUGGUCUGAUUUUUUAUUUAUUUUUUACAUUUCCCACUUAUUUGAUUUUAAAAACCAGACCAUAAUAGCUGGUUACCGUGAAUCUGAUAUGUCUUUAGGCCAAACACUCUCCAGCUCUUAGUCACAAUUCAAAACCCACAAAUUGAACUUUUUCAAGAUCUAUGAACACAAACUUUUGUCCUAGUUCCAAGUGAAGUUUUUUGCUUUAUUAUGUAAGAGUUGUAGCAGAAUUUUAUUUUUUUGUAGCCAAUUUACUUUAACAUUUAAUUCUUUUGCAUAGGCAUUGAAGGAUAAUGUAACAAAACAAAAAAAAAAUCAAAAACAUUUAUGCUAGCUUGUAAAACAAAAAAAAAAUCAAAAACAUUUAUGCUAGCUUGUGGAAAACUAUAGAGGUUGUGCAGUUUGAUUUGGACGGUUGAACUAUGGCUUGACAAGUUGCCACUUUCAUAAUUUUGAAGCUUCUCAAAAUACCUACAUCAAUCUCCAACUCGUUGAUGCCCACAGAAUAAUUUACAGGUUGAACUGGCUUAACCAUUUGUUUAGUUAUUUUGUAGUGAUCUUAUCUUCAAAAGUUCAAGAAUCUGCAAUGUAAUUAAUCCCAGUCAAUGUUAGAGAAGUGUAACAGUCACAGGUGUCAAGUGAGCAUAGAUGGAAGAGGAAAAAAAAAGAAGAGAAAAGUGAAUGGUGCUAGGUGAGAUUGUGGUUUGUGAGGGUCAACAUCUAUAUAAAUAUCAAUCUCAUGUUUAUUGAGAGUAUGGCAUUCACACUGCUUACAUGUUUAAGGGAAGGAGCUGGACAUUUCUACCGGAUAUAAGCUGCUUUAGAUCAAAUCAAAUUUUUCCCAAAGAUCUCUAACCAGCUAGUUAGGGUGAAUACAAAAAUAGAUCUCUUAGAGAAAAGUUUGGUAUGUUGUUUUUAUUUGAAAAAAUAACAUUAUCAUUAUUUAUUUAAGAUUACAACAUUUAAUUUGGUAA